AUGUACAAGCGACCUACGUGGAUCGUCGUUUUGCCCGACCCGAUUUUCUGCUGUUCAGUUGCAAAAAAGCAGCUUUUGAUGAUCAACAAUUGCGUUCAAAUGGUCCUCAGAAAGUCGGUGAAUAAGAACGACAGACAGCACAAGGCCGGUGACGUAAUACAAAGGAGCUACAUGGAACAGCUCGUCAAAGAAGAUCAGGGCUAUAGCUUUCUGAAGACGAUGCAGAAAACAAAGGUGAUGGCCAUGCUACGCCAAUUGGGCCCUCCCACCUUCUUCGUGACGAUAAGCGCCGCAGAAACGCUAUGGCCCGAGCUCCUGGUGAUACUGACAAAGGUGUUGGACCACAAAGACAUCGGCGAAACGAAGGCGCUCAACCUUAGCGCUAACGAUAAAUACCGCCUCAUCCGGUCUGACCCUAUCACCUGUGCUCAAUACUUCGACAACCGAUUUCAACUGCUGUUGAAUCAUCUGCGCUCUGAGUUUAGCGUUUUCAAGGAUCAUCCUAUGAUCCACCACUUCUAUCGAGUGGAAUUCCAACAGAGAGGCAGUCCCCACGUGCACAUGAUGGUAUGGAAUGAAGGCGCUCCGACGGUCGAGCAAACAUCGACCAAAGAAGUUAAAAGGGCCGCCUGCGACUUCAUCGACAAGUUCGUUACGUGCGACAGCGAGUUGCCAGGGCUUGAUGGCUUGAUUGCCAUGCAAAAAUACAACCACAGCAAGUCGUGCAAAAAGGUAGUAAGGGGCAAAACUAUUUGCAGGUACAACAUUCCGUUUCUGCCGAUGGAGGAAACCACCAUCGUUUAUCCGAAGGACAGAAAGGACGUUGCACCCGACGACCGGAUUCAAGCACAGAAAAAAAACGGGUUGACCAAGGAAACGUACAUGAGAAUGGUCGAACUGAGCCUUAGAAAGCCGGCCGUGAUGUUGAAACGUCGUCCCAAAGAUUGUUUCGUUAACAACUUCGACGUUCUCGAAAACGUUUGUCUGGCCAAGUUUUUUGCCUACUAUAGAGUUACGAAAAAAGAAAUGGACAUGCAGUUAAAAGAUAAAGUCCAGUUAAUGCUUUACGUACCGUGGAGAGACGAAAAGAGAGAACUGAUCAACAUCGAUCACGAAGCAGUCCACGCCACCUUCCUCGCAACCAUCCUGGCGAACAGCAAGGAGUUUAACCGCUUAAAGCAGCAAGACUUGGAGGUUGCCGUGCAGCGUGCGGAAGGUAACGUGGUCUUCGACGCAGAUGAACGCCCGUUCGUGGCCUACAACGACUUUGCCGUCUACGACAUCGAUCGGCCGGACGACGACUUGAUAUUAUGUUGUGUUGUUUGA